CUAUUGAUUUUAUUGCAGAAUUAUGGGACAAUGUAAGUAAUACCACCAUUCAAAACUGCUGGAAUAAAACAAAAAUUCUUUCAAACACAAGUAAGGCAAAUGCAGACACCACAAAUCAACACACCAAAAAUGAUACUCUAUUAGAAAAUAAGGAAAUUGAAGAAAUUGUAGCUAAAUUACCAGAUAAAAGUUUUUAUGCCCUAAAGACUAUCCAAGCCAUACAAACGUAUCUACAAGUAAUUAAUAAACCUAUCACUAUGGAAGAAGUACUCGAUAAUGAGAGAAUCAUUUCUAUACUUCAAGCUGAGGAGAAUGAAGAGUUAAUAGGGCAAAAAGAUGAGGAUGAAGAUGAAGUACCCAAUUCACUAGUAGCAGCAGCUGAAGCAUAUGAUGCAAUGCAGACCAUUAUUUGCUAUGAAGAACAGGAAAGUUCAAAGUCAAACCUCUCUCUUGAAGAAUUAGAGUUUUUAAGAAAAUUACUUAAGGAAUAUAAAUGUAUACAUGAAAAGUCAAAAAAACAAACCAAAAUUACUAGUUUUUUUAACUUUCAAGAUUUAUAUUCUUAUUCUCAAGAUUCAUCUCUUCAAGGCUUAUCUUCUCAAGAUCCAUAUUCCCAAGAUUUAUAUUCUCAAGAUCCAUAUUCUCAAGAUCUGUAUUCCCAAGACUUAUAUUCCCAAGAUUCGUAUUCCCAAGAUCUAUAUUCUCAAGAUUCGAAUUCACAAGAUUUGGACUCAGAAUCAUAUUCGCAAGAUUCGUAUGUUCAAGAUUCGUAUAUGUUCUAG